AUGGGUAAAGUGAAAUCUUUUUUCAGGGUCCUUUCUUGUCCCAAAAAAGGCGGUACCAGGGGUACCAGAACAAGAGCGCAAGACAAGCCGUUAAACGACGCUCCCGAGGAUGCAAAUGGCCACACACUUAAGAAGCAUAUAUCCGUCGAGGAAGAGGAAGAUUUUCCUGUGUUACGCGGAGACAACUUCUCCUUCUCUGCCAUCGGAAACUCAACUGAUGCCGUCGCACAGCAACCGGAGUCCGCUUUUGUGACUUCCAUUCAGCAAAUAUCAAUUGAAUGCCCACAAGGCAGUCGACAUCAAGUCGCCAUUUUUGCAUUGUGUAACAUCCUUACGUUCAAAGUAAAUCAGGACCUUCUACUCACGUUGUUGUGCCUACACAGGCGGUCGAUGCGAGUGCAUUUGAGCCGCCAGUUGGUAAAAAAAAUAUCAUAUGUUUUUAAACGCAACCUCGAAAAUUCUGCCAGACACGCUGUCGUCACGCUAAGGCAUCAUCGAAUUCCACUCCAACGCCAUCCAAAAUUCCUGAUUGCCAUCACCAGAAUCGAGAACAACCUUGAAAAACCGGUAGUGAGGAACGUGCAAGCAGCCUUCCAGGCCUUGAAAGAAAGAAGGCUUCCUGUCACUCUGCAAGAGGCUACGGGUCAAGGGAACCAGGCAACAUCUGGAGGCGAGCGACACGGAUCUAGCAACGCUGCUAAGCCUGAUUCUGCUCGUGUAUGUGACAACUCUGCGGGGGUGCCAUCUAGUCAGCAGAGUCAAGGUUACCAACGGCGGUCUAAUACAACUGGUACCUCUCGGCACAGCCAACCGAGUGAUCUAGGCAGACACAGGGCAUCAACAUUAUCUGCAAACGACAGUGCAGGUGGAGAUGGAGCCCACAUAAGGGCCGUUCAAUCUUGUCACUCCAAAAGCGCGUCGAAUGGGUCAUUGGUUACACGCGGUGGUAAGGGCGCAGCAUUUAAAUGCCUGAAUGAGAUCUGUCAACAAGGAAAUCACGAAAAAGCGGAUUUUAACAGUAUAAAACAGGCGGAUAAGGCAAAAAUCGGUAAUACGAUCUUCCAAAACGCCAUAAAAGGCGCAAAGCGCUCGGUUCCGGCAGUGACGGAGCAGAAGGCAAACAUUGUCUGGGAGCUCGAUUUCUUCACAUGCGAACCAUACGUAUCGUACGCAUACAAGUCCAUUAGAUGUUCGUCAUUUAGGCGCAAUGAUGCGCCUGUGCACGAUACUGCGAAGUGUCACCGUCACACCUAA